AUGUCUCAAAAACAACCACCUCUAUCUACAAUUAAGUACUCACAAGGGAUAAAAGGGAGAGAAAGGAUAAAUUAUGAUCACAAAAGUGGAAGUGUUCAAAGUCAAGGUGCUAGUACUGUAACAAAACCUGUUUCACCGAGAGUGAAUACGCAUACUGGUAAAACGAUUAGGACGCAAGAAAUGAAACAAAAGAUUGUUUUCAAAUCUGUUCUCGAUUCUCCGCCCGAUGUUUCAAUUAAAGAUCAAAAUGAAAUCUUGGAUGCCCUUUGCGAAACUUUAUCAGUGAUAGGAGAAUAUAACAGGGCUGCAAAGAGUCAAAAAAGAAAAUCUAAUAAUAACCUUAAUAAUGUGGUCGAGGUUGAACUUGAUGAUACUAAC